AUGACCAAAAGACGUAACGACGAUGCAGGAUUUGCCAAUGUGUUAAAACAGAAACAUAAAGAAGAUCUUGUAGAGAAGCAAAAAAUAGCACAAAACACGUUUGCUAUGCUUAUGAGAGCUCAAAGAAACCUUCAAUCCUCAAGCAAAAUGGAAACAGAACCUUCUUAUCAAUACUUUAAUAACAACCAUAUAUCCACUCAAAAAAUAUUCACUAUGGAAGCCAUUGAUGAUUAUGCCAAUGAGAACAUUGUACGUUCCUUAGCCUAUUCUGCACUGGACCAACGUCAACAACAUCACUAUUUGAAACUCUUGCCUGUUUCUUCUCCACUCUUACGCCAACGGGUUCGUAUCCUGGGUCCCUCCUUAGACGAAAACGACUUUGAGGCUUGGGAUAAGGUUGUUCAAUGGCAACAAGAUAACUGCCCUGCCAUGAUUGAAGCACUGAGUGACUCUGCUGCCGACAAGAUCUAUCAAAAUCCCGUGUAUUAUAAACGUUUGGAUGCAGACACACUGCAUGCCAUCGUCGAAUUUGCCGAAAAGGACGCGCAUCAUUUUGUGGUUGUGCUAACACUAGAAGAAGGCAGUGGGGAUAUGUCUGAUCUCAAGUACUACAACACAAAGGAAUUGACGGACGAAGAGUGGCGUGAUGUGUUUGAGAAUUGGUCAAGAACGAUUGAAGAUGCGGAGCGCAUAUUUCUAAUUAAAGUCACAAGGAACAAACGAGUCUUUACAGCUGGCACACCUGACAGUACAAAAGGGACUAAAGAAGCACCUGAAGAUUAUUGGGGUGACUGGUCUACGGAUGAAGAAUCGAGUGAUCCCAACAAGACCAAGAAGACCAAGAAGCUAAUAUUUAGUAUGGAUCCUAAAAAUUCGGAUUCUGAAGAUGAGUAUUAUACCCGUUGGAGCAAAGAUCCCGGCACACUUACACCUGGCCCUGAAGAAAAAGAAAAAGAAGAACAAGAUAAACCUCAGGGACGGUUCUUGCACGCACUACAAGACUUGAAUCAACAAGAGUUAGACGAGGAAUACGAUCAAUCUUACAACCCACUGUUUACUGUUCCUAGUGUGCCAGACUUGAUGGACGCUCACACAGCUGCUCUAUCGGAAUUAACUCAAAUUCUGCAAAACUCAAUUCCCCAACAACAACAGAGUCGUACAGCCAGUAGACCAUUUGUUGUCCAUUCCAUGACUCAGAUCAAUCCAUUACCCAAAGCAGUCUCUCGAUUGAAAAAUACCAUGGAAGAUCUGAGUCUAUCUGAACCACAAAAUGUACCUGGUGCUUACCCUGAAUCAGGCACUCAAUCCCCUUCUCAACCAGACCUUAAAAACAAAGAAAUUGGCCGUGGUCUGUUUAUGAAGAGUCUCAGUGCUCUUAUUGGUGCUGCACGUCUCUUGGGUUACGAAUCAAAUGAUAUUCUAGAAAUGGUUCAAGAAGUAGUGAACAAACCCUAG